UCCUCUACUCUACUGCAUUUGUAUUUUCAGUUCCAUUUUCAGUUGCAGCAGCAGCAUAUCCAUCACCAUCUUGGCUGCACAUCACAACAGUGCAGUGCAGUGCAUCCAUCCAUCCAUCUUGCUGAUUCACCCCCACACACACACCAUAAACAAAGCCAGAAACAUUUGCAUGGCUCCCUGGUCCUGCGUAUGCUAUGUGCUAGUAGUGGCUACUUCAAAUAGCAAGCUUCUCUGCUCUUUUCUGGCUGGUUAAUAAACUCCUGCCUACUCUCCCCUCUUCUCCCCCUCUCCUCUCAAGCUUCCACACUGAAUAAACUCAAGCUUGGUUGCCUGCCUUUAUCUGAAGAAUUCAGCAGUAUCUUGUAGCUUCAGUUUCUUGCUCUUUCUGCUGCUGCUGCUGCUGUUGCUAUUUGAGUGUAUUGUUGAGAGGAUAGGAAUCUGAAGAAAGUGAAGUAGAGAUUGGGAAGACAAGGUUGGAUAAGGAGGAGGAACAGACUACAGUGGGUGUUCCAAGAGAUGCUGAGAGGUAUCUGAAAUUUUUGUCAGAGAUCUUCUGAAUCAAACACCAGGACAACACUGAACUUGAACCCCAAUGUGAUCAAGCUUGCUGUCAGAUUUGCCAGCAAUGAGAAGCCACAUCCUUGUCUGCUGCUGCCUCCAUCUCACCACACUCCUCUCACUCUUGCUCAGCUCGAGCUGCCAACCUGACCACCAGAUUCAGGCGCUGCUCGAGCUCAAGGCCGGCCUGGCUGACCCUCUGAACAAUCUUCAGACAUGGACGAACGCCACCUCGCCGUGCCGCUUCCUCGGCGUGCGGUGCGACCGGAGCACCGGCGCCGUCACCGAGCUCUCGCUGUCGAGCAUGAACCUGUCCGGCAGGAUACCGCCGGCGAUCGGCGCGCUGGCGGCGCUGACGCGGCUCGAGCUCGACUCCAACUCGCUGUCCGGGAGCGUGCCGCCGGAGCUGGGCAACUGCACCCGCCUCCGGUUCCUCAACCUCUCCUGCAACGGCCUCACCGGCGAGCUGCCGGACCUGUCGGCGCUGGCGGCGCUCGACACGCUCGACGUCGAGAACAACGGCUUCUCCGGGAGGUUCCCGGCGUGGGUCGGCAACCUGUCCGGACUCGUCACGCUCAGCGUCGGCAUGAACAGCUAUGAACUAGGGGAGACGCCGGCGAGCAUCGGGAACCUCAAGAACUUGACGUAUCUGUACUUGGCGAGCUCCAACCUGAGAGGGCGGAUACCCGAAUCCAUCUUCGAGCUCACGGCGCUGGAGACGCUCGACAUGUCGAUGAACAACCUCGCCGGCGUGAUCCCGGCGGCUAUCGGCAACCUCCGGGAGCUGUGGAAGAUCGAGCUGUAUGGGAACAAUCUGAGCGGCGAGCUUCCGCCGGAGCUAGGGAAGCUGACCAAGCUGCGCGAGAUCGACGUGUCCCGGAACCAGCUCAGCGGCAGGAUCCCGCCGGAGCUCGCGGCGCUCGAGAACUUCGAGGUGAUACAGCUCUACCGGAACAACCUGUCCGGGCCGAUCCCGGCGGCGUGGGGCGAGCUGAGGUUCUUGAAGAGCUUCUCCGCCUACGAGAACCACUUCUCCGGCGAGUUCCCGGCGAACAUCGGCCGGUACUCGCCGCUGAACAGCGUGGACAUCUCCGAGAACGCCUUCUCCGGGCCGUUCCCGAGGUAUCUCUGCCAGGGCAAGAACCUGCAGUACCUUCUCGCCCUCCAGAACGGCUUCUCCGGCGACCUCCCGGAGGAGUACUCGGCGUGCGACAGCUUGCAGAGGUUCCGGAUCAACAAGAACAAGCUCACCGGCAGCCUCCCGGCGGGGCUAUGGGCGCUCCCGGCGGCGACCAUCAUUGACGUGUCGGAUAACGGGUUCACCGGAAGCAUCUCGCCGGCGAUCGGCAAGGCGCAGAGCCUUAACCAGCUCUGGCUGCAGAACAACCGGUUCGACGGCGAGAUCCCGGCGGAGAUCGGCCGGCUCGGCCAGCUCCAGAAGCUGUACCUUUCGAACAACUCGUUCUCCGGCGAGUUACCGCCGGAGAUCGGGAGCCUGUCCCAGCUGACGGCGCUGCACCUGGAGGAGAAUGCGCUGACCGGCCGGCUUCCGGGCGACAUCGGCGGCUGCGCCCGGCUGGUCGAGAUCGACGUGUCCCGGAACGCGCUCACCGGGCCGAUCCCGGCGACGCUGUCGUCGCUGUCGUCGCUCAACUCUCUCAAUCUCUCACACAACGCGCUCACCGGUACGAUCCCGACGCAGCUCCAGGUGCUCAAGCUGAGCUCCGUCGACUUCUCGUCGAACCGACUCACCGGGAACGUGCCGCCGGGGCUUCUCGUGAUCAACGGCGACGUGGCGUUCGCGGGGAACCCGGGGCUCUGCGUCGACGGCAGGUCGGACCUAGGCGUGUGCAAGGUGGAGGACAACCACCACGACGGGCUCGCACGUAGGUCGUUCGUCCUCGUGCCGGUGCUCGUGUCGGCGAUGCUGCUGCUCGUGGUCGGCAUCCUCUUCGUGAGCUACCGGAGCUUCAAGCUGGAGGAGCUCAAGAAGAGGGACAUGGAGCAGGGCGGCGGGUGCGGCGAGCAGUGGAAGCUGGAGUCGUUCCACCCGCCGGAGCUGGACGCCGACGAGAUAUGCGCCGUCGGGGAGGAGAACCUGAUCGGGUCGGGCGGCACGGGGCGCGUGUACCGGCUGGCGCUGAAGGGCGGCGGCGGCAUGGUGGUGGCGGUGAAGCGGCUGUGGAAGGGCGACGCGGCGAGGGUGAUGGCGGCGGAGAUGGCCAUCCUCGGGAAGGUCCGCCACCGCAACAUCCUUAAGCUCCACGCGUGCCUCUCCCGCGGCGAGCUCAACUUCAUCGUCUACGAGUACAUGCCACGGGGCAACCUCUACCAGGCGCUCCGGCGAGAGACCAAGGGCGGCGCCGUCGGGGCCGCCGAGCUCGACUGGCCACGCCGGUGCAAUAUUGCGCUCGGCGCGGCCAAGGGGCUCAUGUACCUCCACCACGACUGCACGCCGGCGAUCAUCCACCGCGACAUCAAGUCCACCAACAUCCUCCUCGACGAGGACUACGAGGCGAAGAUUGCCGACUUCGGCAUCGCCAAGAUCGCCGCCGAGGACUCCGCCGAGUUCAGCUGCUUCGCCGGCACCCACGGCUACCUCGCCCCCGAGCUCGCCUACUCCAUGAAGGUGACGGAGAAGACGGACGUGUACAGCUUCGGCGUGGUGCUGCUCGAGCUCGUCACCGGCCGGACCCCGAUCGACCCGGCGUUCGGCGAGGGGAAGGACAUCGUGUUCUGGCUGUCCGCCAAGCUCGCCGCGGAGAGCCUCGACGACGUGCUGGACCAGCGCGUGGCGGCGCCGGCGUCGGCCAGGGACAGGGAGGACAUGAUCAAGGUGCUCAAGGUCGCCGUGCUCUGCACCGCCAAGCUACCGGCGGGGCGUCCGACGAUGAGGGACGUGGUGAAGAUGCUCACCGACGCCGGCGCCGGGCCGUGCAGCCCCCGUGGCCAGCCGCCGGCGGCUGCGGCGAGGACCUGCACCAGGAGCAAGAGCUGCUGCUGAAUUUUAGAGUAGACUCUGCUUCUUGCCUCUGCAUCCAACUCCUGAUGUAAUCUUUGCUGUGUACUACUACUUCAUAUUUUUCUACAUUAGAAUAGAUGAUAAUGCAAUUUGCAGGUAUUUUGUAAAAUGUUGACAAUUAAAAGUAGUCCACUUUUGUAGUUUCUGCCUCCGAUUUUGUUAUGGAGUUUGUACAUAUCAACAUUUGGUUUGCAUUGUCUCGUCAGUAAAAGUAGUUGUCAAGAAUCAUCACGAAUGUAAGCCCCCAUCGUUUCGUUUACGGUUCUGUACU